AUGUCGGAAGAGCCGCGCCUGGUUGACUCGUUCUCGGCGCCCAAAGAUGUCCUCCGCGAAUUUGAAGAAAUGGCGGAGGAAGAGGAUGUUGACCCGUUCGCGGAGACUGCGUCCAAGCGUCAAAUAGCGGCGCGGCAGUCGGACUACCAUAACCGUCGGUUCGAGCGUGUUGCGCACGAGAGUGCCGACGCGUUCAAGGCCGCCGAGGAAGGGACGGAGGUGGAAGGAGGAUAUCAGGACGCUAUGCGUGUGCAAAGGCUGGAGAAGGAGGAGCAACGUGUGAGACGCGCAAUUGAGGAGAAGGAGAAGCGGGAGAGGGAGGAGCACGCGGAGAAGAUGGACCUGGACAAGACACCGCCUGCGUCUGAGAUCAAGGAGGCGAUGGACGAGCUCGAGUCGCGUGCGGGCGCGGGAACGAAGCGUAAGCGCCGGUGGGACGUCGCGGAGCCUACCGAGGAGGGCAAGUCCGGCGAGUGGUCCGCAGAGUCGCUCGAAGCCGCGGCACCGAAGAAGCGCCGGUCGCGGUGGGACGCGACGCCGGCGGACGUUGCCGCAUCGGGCGAAGCGCCCAGGAGGUCGCGGUGGGACCAGACGCCGUCGGCCGAGGUGGCGUCGACGCCGCUGAUCCCGAUCAUCAUGAGCGCUCCCUCGUUUGGCGGCGAAGACAAGCACAACCGCUUUCUCACGGACGAGGAGCUCGACGCGCUUCUGCCGCAGACAGGCUACGCCAUCGUCACCGCGCCGCCGGGCUAUGCGCCCGCCACCCGGCCGAAGAACUUGAUGGCGACGCCCAUGUCAACUGAGAUAGGCGGUUUCCAAAUCCAGGAGAGCUCCGACGCCGCUGCCGCGGCAGCUGCCGCCGGCCUUGCGCCCGAGUUGCCGACUGAGAUCCCGGGCGUGGGCAACCUUGCGUUCUUCAAGGCCGAAGACGCGCAGUACUUUGCCAAGAUCCUGAAAGAGGAGGACGAGACGGAGUUGUCUAUCGACGAAAUGAAAGAGCGCAAGAUCAUGCGUCUCUUGCUCAAGAUUAAGAACGGCACUCCGCCCGUGCGCAAGACCGCUCUUCGCCAGAUCACAGACAAAGCCCGCGAGUUCGGCGCUGGUCCUUUGUUCGACAAGAUCCUUCCUCUACUUAUGGAGAGGACACUCGAGGACCAAGAACGUCAUUUGCUUGUCAAAGUCAUCGACCGUGUCUUGUACAAACUCGACGACCUCGUCAGGCCAUACGUGCACAAGAUCCUCGUCGUCAUCGAGCCGCUACUCAUCGACGAGGACUACUAUGCCCGCGUCGAAGGUCGCGAGAUCAUCUCAAACCUUUCCAAGGCCGCCGGUCUUGCGCAUAUGAUCUCGACUAUGCGUCCGGAUAUCGACCAUGCGGACGAGUACGUUCGCAACACGACCGCACGCGCCUUCUCCGUCGUUGCGUCCGCACUCGGGAUACCCGCGCUCCUGCCCUUCUUGAAGGCCGUCUGCCGCUCGAAGAAGUCCUGGCAAGCGCGUCACACCGGCAUCCGUAUCGUGCAGCAAAUAGCCAUCAUGAUGGGCUGCGCCGUACUUCCCCACCUCCGCAACCUCGUCGACUGUAUCGCACACGGUCUCUCGGACGAACAGCAGAAGGUCCGCACGAUGACAGCGCUGGGUCUUGCCGCUCUCGCCGAAGCCGCCGCGCCGUACGGUAUCGAGUCGUUUGAUAACGUGCUGAAGCCGUUGUGGAUGGGUAUCCGUCUGCACCGCGGCAAAGGUCUCGCGGCGUUCCUCAAAGCCAUCGGAUUCAUCAUCCCGCUCAUGGACCCCGAAUACGCGUCGUACUACACCAAAGAAGUCACCAUCAUCCUCAUCCGCGAGUUCCAGACCUCGGACGAAGAGAUGAAGAAGAUCGUGCUCAAAGUCGUCAAGCAGUGCGCCGCGACGGAGGGUGUGACGCCGGGCUAUAUCAAACAGGACAUCCUGCCCGAUUUCUUCAAGGCGUUCUGGGUCAGGCGGAUGGCGCUCGAUAAGCGGAAUUAUAAGCAGGUCGUCGAGACGACUGUGGAGCUGGCGCAGAAGGCCGGCGCGAGCGAGGUUAUUGGGCGGAUCGUGAACCAGUUGAAGGACGAGGCGGAGCCGUAUAGGAAGAUGGUUAUGGAGACGAUUACGAAGGUCGUGCAGACGCUCGGCGCGGCGGACGUCGACGAGAAGCUCGAAGAGCGGCUCGUGGACGGUAUCAUCUACUCGUUCCAAGAGCAGACGACGGAGGACCAGGUCAUGCUCGAUGGGUUCGGGACGGUCGUCAACGCUCUCGGCAUGCGCGUUAAACCGUACCUUACGCAGAUCGUCUCGACGGUGCUGUGGCGCCUUAACAAUAAGAGCGCGAAGGUCCGCCAGCAGGCGGCGGAUCUCACGACGAGGUUGGCGGUGGUGAUCAAGCAGUGUGGGGAGGACGCGCUGUUGAGCAAGCUGGGGCUUGUGCUGUUCGAGCAGCUUGGAGAGGAGUAUCCGGAUACGCUUGGUAGCAUUAUUGCUGCUGAGGGCGCGAUUGCGAAUGUGGUGGGUAUGACGCAGAUGAACCCGCCCGUCAAGGACCUCCUACCCCGCAUGACGCCCAUCCUGCGCAACCGACACGAAAAGGUCCAAGAAGCGUCCAUCAACCUGAUCGGCCGCAUCGCCGACCGCGGCGCCGAGUUCGUCCCCGCGCGCGAAUGGAUGCGCAUCUGCUUCGAACUGCUCGACCUGCUCAAGGCGCACAAGAAGGGCAUCCGCCGCGCGGCCGUCAACACUUUCGGCUAUAUCGCGAAGAGCUUGGGUCCGCAGGACGUGUUGGCGGUGUUGUUAACGAAUUUGAGGGUGCAGGAGCGGCAGAGCCGGGUUUGUAGUACGGUUGCGAUCGCCAUUGUUGCAGAGACUUGUGGACCGUUCACGUGCAUCCCGGCGAUCCUGAACGAGUACCGCACCGCCGAACUCAACGUCCGCACCGGCUGUCUCAAAGCCCUCUCCUUCGUCUUCGAAUACGUCGGGCCGCAAUCCUCCUACUACGUCGACUCCGUCGUAACAAUGCUCGAAGACGCCCUCACAGACCGCGACCUCGUGCACCGUCAAACGGCCUCCACGAUCGUAAAGCACCUUGCUUUGGGCGUCGCCGGGCUCGGGUGCGAGGACUCCAUGCUGCACCUCAUGAACCUCGUCUGGCCGAACUGCUUCGAGACCUCGCCGCACGUCAUCGGGGCCGUUAUGGACGCCAUCGAGGCGAUGCGCGUGACGCUGGGGCCGGGCGUGCUGUUGAGCUAUGUGCUGCAGGGCCUGUUCCAUCCGGCGCGGAAGGUGCGGGAGGUGUAUUGGAGGAUUUAUAAUGCGCUGUAUUUGGGCGCGGAGGACGCGCUUGUGCCGUUUUAUCCGGAUUUGGGGGAGUUGAGCGAGGGGGGGAAUAGGUAUGGGAGGGACGCGCUUUGUGUGUUUGUUUGA